AGCGAAUCAGAACAGUUUUUCGAAACUCAAGCUAAUGUGGAACAAUUUAACGUGCCGGCCAGCCCACUUCCAAAAAGCCACAAGUUGGAUAGGACUCCAAAUGCCAAGAGAAGGAGAAAGAGCAGUUCACAUUCAUUUGACGCGACCUGCAAAGCCAUUCAAGAGAUGAUCAAAGCUAAGACGGUUCAAACAUCAAGUGCCUCCGUUACCUCACAGUCCUCAACACCUGUGGACCCUUACUCUGUAGCAGCUGUGGCUGCCGUCCUAAAUGCCAUACAUGACUUGGACAAGGUUCUUUACAUCAAAGCUAUGAACCGUGCUGUCAGUAAUGCCUCUUGGAGAGAGGGCUUCCUGACAUGUCUUCCCGAAAUGAGAGUUGCCUUUAUUGAGUCUAUGGAUGAGUAGUUGGGCUGUUGAGUAGUUGUUGGGUUAUAGUAUGCCGUUUUAUGUUUGAGUUCAUUUCGGCUUUUCACUUAUGUAUUUCAGACAUUGACUUGUCUUUAUUCCUAUGCAUUUGUGAUGAUGUUGAGACUUUGCUUUAAUGUGAUUGAAUUCCAUAAUUAUCUGUCCAGUGGUAUUAAAUUCCCCACAUAUCAGUUCAAAUGUAUUGGCUUCCCAACUGACAUGUUGAGUUUGUCUUCUUCUUUCGCAUGACGGCCUAGGUAAUAUGGAAGGGGAUCAAAGUAGCUGGUCUAAUGAUCAAGUAGCAUCAAGUGAAACAAUUCUAUCAGGUGAACAAGACUUUGAUGAGGAUGAGUUGAAUAUAUUGUUGGUAUGGUUGUCUACUGCUUGGUUGCAUAGGUCCAUGCACAGGACAGAACGUAUUAGGGAUAGCGUAUUGACAGGACCCGAAUGGGUUAGCGAGCUUCUUCAUGGACAUUCGGAUAGAGUAUACGAAGCAUUUAGAAUGGAGAGACAUGUUUUUCUUAACCUUUGUGGUUUGCUCAAGUCAAGAGGUUGGUUGACAGACAGUCGAUAUGUUAGGGUAGAUGAACAGGUUGCCAUUUUUUUAUUAAUGAUUUGUCACAAGAACUCCAACAGAGCUAUAUGUGAGAGAUUCCAACGUUCAGGAGAGACUGUCAGCAAGUACUUUGGUGCGGUGUUGAAAGCUGUUUUGGAAUUGGCGAAGGAGAUUAUCGUACCUCCUUCAUUUGAUGUUGUCCCAGAAGAAAUUCGGAUUGAGCCAAAGUUUAAUCGUUACUUUAAUGGGUGCAUAGGCGCUAUGGAUGGCACCCAUAUUCAUGCUACCGUACCUGAAUGUAUGCAAACACGAUUUAGAGGUAGAAAAGGCACAACUACUCAGAACGUGCUGUGUGUGUGUUCCUUUGAUAUGCGAUUUACUUUUGUGUAUGCUGGUUGGGAAGAAUCAGCGAACGAUUGCCGGGUGUUAUCGGCUGCACUUGACACACAUCACCUACAGUUUCCUCGACCACCCGCAGGUGCUACUUUGAUAUAUAAUGAGUAUUUGUGUUUAUGAGUUUGCUAGGAUUGCAUGUCAUGAUCAAUCCAUGAAUACUUUGUUGCAGGCAAAUACUACGCCGUCGAUUCUGGUUAUGCUUCAAGUCCAGGAUUUUUAACACCAUUUAAAGGCGAACGGUAUCAUAUACCAGAAUUUCGACGAAGUGGGGGACCAACAACAGCAAAGGAAUUGUUCAACCACAGGCAUUCGUCAUUAAGGAAUAUCAUUGAGAGAUCCUUUGCGGCUUUGAAGAAUCGUUUUUUUGUUUUGAGACAUAUGCCUCCAUUUAAAUUUGAAAAACAAACACAGAUUGUAAUUGCAUGCUGUGCGAUUCAUAACUACAUCAUUGAGCAAGACAGGAUGGAUAAGCAUUUGUCCAUAUAUGGAGAUCCAGAUUAUGUGUGUGAAGCUACUGAACAGGGUACAGAUGAUAUAGUGACGACCGAAGAGGGAAACGAGAUGAACAUUAUCAGGAAACGUAUUGCCAAUAAAAUGGCUAGGGAUAAUCAUAUGCCGGAGAUUCCAUGAAAUUCGGUUUUCCACUAUUGUAUUGUACUUCCAUUAUUAUUAUUCGAGGAUUAUUUGCUUUUUUUGCC